AUGGCAGGUUCCAUGAUGAAAUUUUUGAGCAAACCUGAAAAUAAGGAUUGUCAAGAAAUUAUUGAAACUGUCACAGCUUCGUCGUCGGCUGCCGGAUCUAUGGAAGAAUCGGAAGAAAAAAAAAUAUGCUGCAGCCCUAAUCCUUUAGAAACUGACACUGAAAGUGAGAUAAGUGAAGACAUUCCUGAAGAAUCUAUAAGCGGUACUUCGUCAUCAGCGGUUUCUAUCAGUUUGACAUUUAGUAAUGAUCCUGGUUCGUGGCCAGCUAGUAUCAAUAGUGAUUUAGUUGAUAUUUUAGUCAGACGUGGUCCCGUGCAGAUGCGUAACCACAGUUUUCCCGUUAAUGACAAUGGUCGAAAAUUUAGUGAAUAUUACUAUCACAGACAUCUUCCUAAUGGUGAAGAGAUUAAUAGAGAUUGGCUUAUCUACUCUAUUUCCAAAGAUUCCGUUUACUGUUUUUGUUGCAAGAUAUUUGGUAAAACUGCGAGUAGUCUGUCCGAUUUGAACGGCUUUUCGAAUUGGCAACAUUUAUCAUUAAAUUUAAAAAGACAUGAAACGAGUGAUUUCCACAAUGAAAAUGUGAAAUCAUGGGUGCAAUUAAAUAAUAUGAUGAAAACUAAGACUACUGUAAAUCAGAUGCAACUGAGACUAUUAGAAUCAGAAAGAAAGCACUGGUGUGAUGUAUUAGAGAUUGCCGUUGUAAAGUUUUUAUCCCGUCAAUGUCUGGCUUUUCGAGGAUCAUCGAAAAAAAUUUUUGAGCAUGAUAACGGAAAUUUUUUAAAAGCAAUAGAAAUGAUAGCAUCUUUUGAUUCAACUAUGCGGGAACACAUUCGCAGAAUUGAAUUGAAAUCUGAUUCUAGUCGGUUGGGUAUGGCUCACUAUUUAGGAGAUCAAAUUCAAAAUGAAAUUAUUGAAAUACUCGGCACAGCGAUAAAAAAUUAUAUUUUGGACAAAGAAAGUCUUAGAAAGUCAAAAUAUUUUUCCGUCAUAUUAGACUGCACACCGGAUGCAAGCUAUACGGAACAAAUAACUGUAAUACUCAGACAUGUUUGUCUAAACAAUACGAAUAAAAAAGUCGAGGUAUGCGAAAACUUCAUUGGUUUUUGCCCAAUUACUAGUUCAACUGGCGAGGGUUUAUUAAAUUUUGUUUUGAAUUUAUUUUCACAAUUGAACCUCGACAUUCAACAUUUGCGCGGGCAAGGAUAUGAUAAUGGGGCUAAUAUGCGUGGAAAACACAACGGGUUGCAUAAAAAAAUUUUGGAAAUCAAUAGUCGCGCCUUUUACGUUCCAUGCUCAGCCCAUAGUCUGAAUUUGGUAGUCAAUGAUGCAGCAAAUAUUACUCACGAAACUACCAAUUUUUUUGACAUAGUUCAAGAAAUCUAUGUUUUCUUUUCAGUGUCUACAAAAAGGUGGUCGAUCAUUUGCAAACAUAUACCAGAUUUAAAAUUAAAACCUUUGAGUGCUACGCGAUGGUCCAGCAGAAUUGACGCAAUUAAACCGUUACGGUAUCACAUAGAAAAAAUAUUUGAUGCUCUGUUCGAAAUAUCUGAAAAUAUGUCUGACAAGGAAGGUCACGUUACUGUACCCCCACAACCUGGGUCAAAAAAAUUAUAUUUUGUAGUUCACACCAAAGUAUAA